AUGUUUGUUUUAGGCUGCAGCGGGGCGCAGCUCCCAUCCCUCCCGGGGCGCCCGGCGUCGCCUCGGCCCGGGGAGCGCCCAGAGAGCAGCCCUGCUUUAUGGAGGCCCUGGAUGCUCACAGCAAGAGACAGUGAGAUGACAGAGAAUCAACAAAUGUCAGAACUGGAUGGCCAACUAAUAAAUUUGAGGUCAAAGGGAGCCCUGGGGUUUCAACAUCCAGUGAGACUUUAUUUGCCCAAGUCCAAAUCCCAAAAGUUUCUCAAUAAUAUUGGAGAGAAGGUUCUGGCGAGUUUUCCGGUCCAAGCUACAAUUCAUUUCUACAAUGAUGACACAGACUCUGAGGAAGAUGAAGAAGAAAUCAGUUCAGCCCAACCAUGA